AGUUGAACUAACGAUGCGGUAUUUUAAGAAGUCGUAUACAAGAGUAUGUCGGAUGUCCUACUUAGCCUGAAGCCGAUAACUCCCAAAAUAAGAAGUCGACGUAUACGCUAUACAAGCUAGAAAUCGUCCAACAUUUCAUUUCGAAAUAAUUCGUUGGUGCAACUCAGCACCACCUGCGUCGCUGUACUCAACUAUAUAUAUAUAUAUAGUAUGACAUGACAACAUCGCGCGUUCUCGUCUUCCCGCGCGCAUCAUCAGCUGAGCCAAAACAUCGCAUCAGCAGUAGCAGCGCUGCUACAAUCUCGUUCCCCACAGCGAUCGCGACGCAGCUCCUUUCGACAUGGAGACGACGGAGGUGUGGACGAAGAUCAAAUAAACAACAAGUUUGUACGUCGAGAAAACGAUCGUCGCCUCAAGUACCACCACCUACCUCCCAAAAGAACCAUCGACUUUUUCAACAUGUACUGCACGCUGAAACGAUGCUUCUGCAGCGGCAAGGAGGCAGUGCGCGCCCUGAGCACUAGUGAAAUCUCCACCGCCCUCAGGCCCUUUUACUUCACUGUACAUCCCGACUUAUUCGGACAGUUUCCCACGCAGAGGACAGUGAAUGAGAACUCGCUGAAACAGCUGAGCUCUGCCAUAGAGACACUGCAGCAGAAGCGUGCCAUCAGGCCGACAACUCUGGCAUUCUACCUUCGCUCAAAGGAUGAGAAAGAGCUGAAAGCUGGAAAGUUCACUUUGGUGAACAUACAGCUGAACGAGCAAGACCUUCGCAAGACUAUUCUUUCCAUUCUGAAGACGUGCAAUUUACCAACAACUUUUGUCGACACAAUCGAGGAGAAGAAUCCUCCAAGCUUCAACAAUGGAAAGGAUAAGUCGAGGUUCUGGAGCAAGAAUUAUUCUGCUGCUGAUAUUGACUUUUCUGAGCUCGAGGAUGAUCCGCUCUAUGCUUCCAUUUUGAUGAGGAGGAAAAUGAACACAGUGCCUGAUACUUUGAAAGCCUACUUAGAUAAGAAUGUCAACGAUGCUCAUAUCAAAUUUGAAGCAUGCAGGCCUGUCAGAUCAGAGAUCAAGAAACUAGAGAUAGCACUCUGUAAAAAUUUAGGCUUGAAAGACAUCAUUUGGGAUUGUGGAUGGAACAUAACUCAUUAUCGAGGCUGCUUGCUUGCUUUUAAAGCACUAGCAGAGCACCAUCCAAAACCAAUGGAAGUUUUGAAAGACAGAACACUUGUGUUUGCUAAUGAUACAGGCAUUGGACUUGAAGGAAAUGUCAUGCUGAACUCUGGCGAAGUCCGUCAUAAUUGGCUGGAUCUGAUCAAAAACGUUAAGAAGUACGAUGCGACUCUACUUAGGUUGCCAGCUUUUGAGAAAGCAGUAUCAAGAGUAUUACUGGACAUAAAGGUUGGACGAAGGAUAUUCUGUAUGUGUAGGAAGUUCAUGCCAAAGGUGAUGGUUGGUCAAUAUGAAGCUCAACUCCGCCAAUUGACAACGACUUUAUCAGACUACCGCGGCAGAAGAAAAUAUCCUAGUUCAUGGCCAGAAAACUUGUCUGCUUAUGAAAUCGUAAUAGAGGCAGAAGCUGGGCCUCUCAUGCUAUCUCCAACUGGUCAAUUUAUUGUACCAUCUUCAUGUCCAAGCUUCUUACUAGUCAGUUUUAUCACAGAGAAUCUUGAAGAAGCUACAAAAAGAUUGCACCAUUACAACAAUAUUAAACACAUCGAACGUGCGUUACAUGAUAAAGCUAUUCGUGAAUUAAAAUUAGCUGCACUGAACAAAGACGACAGCAUAACUCCUGAUCUGAUGAUUCAAUGCUGUGAACGCUUAUUGUUGCAUAAAAACGUUUUAACGCCAAUGCUAGAUGGAGUAUUGCUCUGGGUUACACACUAUUAUUCCGUUAUGAGCGAUGGAGUUUUGUGUAUUCCGUGGGACUGGAAACUAUAAAUUAACGUUUUUCAUUGAAAAAGAUCGUGUUUCGAGAAUGGCAACAACGCUUACUACUGUAUUUGACUUUUAGUUUACUACGAAAAAAAAUUGUAAAUGAUAUAUUAUCUUUAUGACUUUAAAUUUUUUUUUAAUUCAGCAUAUGUAGUCAAUAAGUUUUCUAAAUUAUGAAAAACGUAAAAAAAUGUACAAAUUAGAAUCGAUGAUUAAGUUAUACCCUGUAAUUAUGUAAAUGGUAGAUUCUUACUUUCAUAUGCAUUGCUGUACAUACAAUACUCAUUGUGACAAAUCAAUUAUAUUGUUAAAUAAUAUACAUAAAGAUUGCUUUGUUUGGAAAGAAAGCAUUUUUGUAUUUGAUGUCAAUACUUGAAAAUACUGUAGUACAAACAAGAACUCUUCCUACAUAUUCUUAAUCGUUUUACGUAAACGACGCGGUUGCGUAGAAUAAACUAAAUGGCUGUUAACUACAUAUAUGGAAAUACAGACAUUAUUUUGAAAUCAUU